AAUUGUUUUAUAUGUAUUAUUAUAAUUAUAGCCUAGAACUGAAUUAUGCACAUAAUAUUAGAUAUUUGAUAUCUGACAAAAUUCUGAAUAAAACUGCAAGUCACUUUUACCUAGAUUCGAUCGGAAAACCAUCGUCAGCAGUGGAGCUUUCCUUGCUGACGAUGCGAUUCAGCGAAAUCAAUAUCGUCAAGUCAAUCAAAGUUGCGUUCAUUCCUAACAUCGUUUUCAUAAUGAUUAGCUCAAACAAGGCUCUCCUUCUUUUGCGAAUUUACUUUCUUUUACUUGAUGUUUCAUACUCGUGGAAUAUGACGUCAUUAAAUUUAUCGGAUGAUGUUCUAAUCUGGAGAUUCGCCGUAUGGAAAAAUCGCGCUUUUCUUGCAAUUCCCAGAUCAGCAAAUGAGAAGAUGGAAUAUAAACCAACUUUAGUGGAAGUUUCAUGGCCAGAAAUUAAUUCCAAUUGGCCAGUAAGGUUUAUAAAUACGGCAAUUAUACCUUUCUCCAAAAAUGGACUAUCAAAAUAUAAUUAUAGAGAGAGAACUCUCGUAUCUGUAACCGGAUUAGAUGUGGAUGCUCGUGGACGAUUAUGGAUUCUGGAUGCUCCCGAUCAAUAUGAUCGCUGGCCUCAAAUAGUUAUUUAUGAUUUAAAACGAAAUGAUCGAUUGAUAUCAGCCACCGAAUUGUUUGAUGUAUCUCCAAAAUACUUAAGAGCUCUCGUAAUUGAUCCAGUUGGAGAUCAAUGGGGAUCUCGCGGAUAUAUCGCGGAUGCCGGCGACGAAACAAUCAUCGUUUACAGCUUGGGACAAGCGAAAUGGUGGAAAUUGAGAAUGCUACAUGAGCCUGAAAUACCUCGUGUACACUCGACUGAUCUCGCUAUUUCUCGCAGGAAUUCGAUUUUAUACAUGACGGGACAUAACACGCAUGAUCUGUUCAGUAUAAAUUUGAACAAAGUUAGAGAAGACGAAGUAUUCCGGACAGCUUCACAUGGAGUGCAAAAUAUAACAGUGACUUGGCUUGGAAAAAAAUUGGGUCCUUCCAUGGGUCUAAUUUGUGAUUUAAAAGACGGCCUACAUUACUUUAUGACUUCGGAAAGAGCCAGCGUGCGCUGGGAUACUAAGCUUCCUUUGAAUGCACAAAGUCACUCGGUUUUGAUGCAGAGCAAUGAUGUCCCGUGUAUAACAGAUUACGUAAUGGAUACGCGAAGAAACAUAUGGGGCUUAGUAAAUUUAAAAUGUCCUGGCGCAACGAAGAAAAAUGUUUCAACAUCGAUACUUAAAUCUAGAAUCGUUAGAAUUCUAAAGUACUCUUUCACAUAAUACUUAGCGCAGUAACUGCAUUUUUCAAAUUAAUUAUAAUAUACAUUCAAUAAAAUCCGUUAAAUUAAUUGAAAAAUAAAAAAGUCUACUUUCUUUUAUAAUUUAUCAGAAAUUCCUUAUCUCUUCAAUAUUAUUUAAUUAAAAAAAGAUCAUAAAUGCAGUAUCUUAUUUGAUUCAGGAAAAGGUGAUUAUAAAUUGAUGAAAAAAAUGUACCUAAUAAAAAACAUCCUAUAACUUUGAUACAUGUUAUAUACACGUAUUCAUUUAAAAUGGUACCAGCUCUAUGUUUCUCCGUUUACAUGGGUUAGAUAAGCUAACACGUGUCGUUGUACAUAAAUGCAUUUACAUAAGCUGGCAUUUAUUAAUCGUUUAAAUCAACUUACAUAAUAACCAUUAUGAGAUAUUACAAUCAACUGUGCAUAUAUUACUACUACUGCUAAAUCGCUUUUUUGAGAGAAAUUGUUUGAGGGUAUCAUCCAUUAAGCAAGUGAAUAUAAUUUUUACAAAUAAUAUAAAUUUCAAAAGUUAAAAAUUGGCAGUUAUUUGCCGUUGUCGGUUUGAAUAUCGACGAUAUAAUUUUGACACUGGUCAAUCUGUCGGAAGCGAUAACAUGAGCUUCGUAUAAAUACUUUGCCAAUAUAACUAGACUAAUUAUGAAUGCAGUACACACACAUUAACUGUUCGUUAAUUAGCUAUAAAGCAGCUGAAAGAAGUGUUUAUUCAUGUUACAAUUAAGAUAACACCCGCAAAUUCCACUUGCUAUUUAAAAUAGAA